CUGCUACCACUGCCUUUGGUAUAAGCGGUUUAUUCUCCACUAUCUAUCACUACCGUUGGUAUAAGCGGGAAUAAACCGCUAUUGACGUCUCACGCUUUACAAUUACGCAUUAUCUCGUCCAUGAAAUUCACAAAAAAUCAUGGACUUUGUAUAUAUAAACAUGUUCAAAUCUUCGUAUUCCGCACCACCAAUUGAGGGCUGUGAUCCCUUUCUGCGAUUUGAUUUGGCACAUUAUUUUGUUUGUUUGAAGGAAUUUUGCAAUGGAUGUAACAAGUGGAAUAGGAGUACCACAAGAAACACUGGAUGCAGAAAUCAAGUCAUUCUUUGAAUCCGCCCCUCCUCUUAAAAAUAGAGACCACAUUUGUGAAAAGUUGAAGGAAUUUAUCGACAGGAAUUUAUUACCGUCAGGGAAUGGAAAUGCUAGGAGGGUUGUGUGUGUGACAUCUGGAGGUACCACAGUUCCUUUGGAGCGAAGGUGUGUUCGCCACAUUGAUAACUUCAGCUCAGGCCAUAGAGGAGCUGCAUCCACAGAGCAUUUUAUUAAGGCCGGAUAUGCAGUUAUCUUUUUACAUCGCAGGAGAACCUACCAGCCAUACUGUAGAUCUCUUCCCGAGGAUCCAUUACUUGAAUGUUUCGAGGUCACGGAUGAGUCAAAUAUUCAAGUGCGCCAGUCAGAUUCUGAAGCUUUGACGAGGGCCAUCACUGAGCAUCAUGCUGCAGUGGCAGAAAAUCUCCUGUUAAAACUUCCCUUUAACACCAUAUUUGAGUAUCUUCAGAUGCUGCAAAUGAUAGCAAUUUCAAUGACAAGUCUUGGGGCACAGGCAAUGUUUUAUCUUGCAGCUGCAGUUUCUGACUUUUAUGUUCCUUGGACGAGCAUGGCAGAACACAAGAUACAGUCGGCAUCUGGCCCUUUGGACAUCCGACUAGUUCAAGUGCCAAAGAUGCUCUCAGUGCUGAGGAAAGUCUGGGCUCCCAUGGCCUACUGCAUUUCUUUCAAGCUAGAGACAGAUACAAAAAUUCUUUUAGAGAAGGCUGAUAUGGCUCUUAAAAAGUACAAGAUGCAUAUGGUUGUGGCAAAUGAGCUUUCAACCCGCAAAGAGGAGGUUGUAGUUGUUACAAGUAAUGAAAAGAUAUCUGUUUGCCGGGACAAGACUCAGGUUGGCACCGAUGUGGAGAAUCCCCUGAUAAGACUUAUCGUGGAGAGACAUUCAGCUUAUAUCGAGAAUCCUGACUUGUGAUAUCUAAGCCUAACUGUAUCAUCUAAUAUAUACAAGACAUGUAAACCAAAAAAUGGUUGAUUGUUGUGGAAACCUUACAUUGUAUUAUACAGGAUCCUCAUACCUCACUAUGUCAGCUGAGCUUUCCUUUCUUUGCCAUCGAGUAUCGUUAAUUUGAAGUAAAUAAAGUUGUCAUGUUUUUGGAUGAUGAUGUUAA